UCGGCCAGCCCUCCAGGAGGAAGUCGCGGUGGCCUCCGCUCUCCGCUCUCCGCAGCAGACCCUCUCCCAUCCCAGCCUCUCAUGCCGAGACCCGCCUUGUCUGUCACUUCCUUUUGUCAUCGGCUUGGCAAACGGGAGAGAAAAUGGAGCUUCAUGGGAAACAGCAGCAACAGUUGGUCCCAUGCACCAUUCCCCAAGCUGGAGCUGGGCCUGGGGCCCCGUCCCACAGCACCCCGGGAACCACCCACUUGCUCCAUCUGUCUGGAAAGGCUUCGAGAGCCCAUCUCACUGGACUGUGGCCAUGACUUUUGCAUCCGGUGCUUCAGCACACACCGCAUCCACGGCUGCGAGCCACCCUGCUGUCCUGAGUGCCGGAAAAUCUGCAAGCAGAAGAAAGGCCUCCGAAGCCUCGGGGAGAAGAUGAAGCUCCUGCCUCAGCGGCCACUACCCCCUGUACUGCAGGAGGUGUGUGCGGUGAGGGCCGAACGGCUGCUGCUGGUACGGAUCAAUGCCUCUGGCGGCCUCAUCCUCAGGAUGGGAGCCAUCAACCGCUGCCUGAAGCACCCGCUGGCCAGGGACACCCCAGUCUGCCUCCUCGCCGUCCUGGGGGAGCAGCAUUCAGGGAAGUCCUUCCUCCUCGACCACUUGCUCCGGGGCUUGCCUGGCCUGGAGUCUGGUGAGGGCAACUGGCCCAAAGGAGGAGAAGGGUCCUUGCAGGGGUACAGGUGGGGUGCCAAUGGGCUCACCAGGGGCAUUUGGAUGUGGAGCCACCCUUUCCUGCUGGGGAAAGAAGGGAAGAAGGUGGCUGUGUUCCUGGUGGACACAGGGGACACCAUGAGCCCGGAACUGAGCAGAGAGACAAGGAUCAAGCUGUGUGCUCUCACCAUGAUGCUGAGCUCCUACCAGAUCCUGAACACCUCCCAGGAGUUGAAGGACACAGACCUGGGCUAUCUGGAGAUGUUUGUUCAUGUGGCUGAGGUGAUGGGCAAGCAUUAUGGGAUGGUACCGAUCCAGCACCUGGACCUCUUAGUUCGUGACUCAUCCCAUUCCAGCAAGACAGGGCAGGGGCACGUGGGUGACAUCCUCCCGAAGUUGUCCAGCAAAUACCCCAAGGUCCAGGAGCUGCUCCUAGGGAAACGAGCCCGCUGCUACCUGCUGCCUGCUUCCGGGAGGCAAUGGCUGAACAAAGGCUCAGGAAGCCCAGGAGGGGAUGCAGAAGAUGAAUUUGGUCAACUUCUCCGGGCCUACGUGUCAGAUGUGCUGAACACAGUCCCUCAACAUGCUAAGAGCCGCUGCCAGGGGUAUUGGAGUGAGGGGCGCACCGUGGCCAGGGGGGACAGACGCCUGCUCACAGGGCAACAGCUAGCUCAAGAGAUCAAGAACCUGUCAGGCUGGAUGGGGAGGACAGGACCUGGUUUCAGCUCUCCAGAUGAGAUGGCCGCUCAGCUGCAUGACCUGAGGAAGGUGGAGGCUGCCAAGAAGGAAUUUGAGGAGUUUGUGAGGCAGCAGGACAUAGCCACCAAGCGCAUCUUCUCUGCACUCCGGGUCCUGCCCGACACCAUGAGGACCCUCCUGUCCACCCAGAAGGAUGCCAUCUUGGCCCGCCACGGUGUGACCUUGCUGUGCAAGGAGCGAGAGCAGACCUUGGAGGCCCUGGAGGCCGAGCUGCAGACCAAGGCCAAGGCCUUCAUGGACUCCUACACUAUGCGCUUCUGUGGCCACCUUGCUGCUGUGGGGGGAGCGGUGGGGGCCGGGCUCAUGGGCCUGGCAGGGGGUGUGGUGGGGGCUGGUAUGGCAGCAGCCGCGCUAGCUGCCGAAGCUGGGAUGGUGGCAGCGGGGGCAGCAGUGGGGGCCACUGGGGCUGCUGUGGUCGGGGGUGGUGUGGGGGCUGGGCUGGCUGCCACUGUGGGAUGCAUGGAAAAAGAGGAGGAUGAGCGGGUGCAGGGAGGGGACCGAGAACCCCUUCUCCAGGAAGAGUAAGCCAGGAGGCCUUAAAGGGUGAGAUGCGCAAGGUGAAAGGGGUUGGAGGGGCCCACACGUACCCCAUUGUGCCCACUGAAGGCCUAGAGCCUGGCAGUUGGCUGAGCCUGGGACUCAACGCGGCUCUAGGAACCAGGACCAGGAGGCAUGGAAGAGAGCACAGGACCUAUUUCUGAGUAGAGAUGAUUGCUAAUCUGCCAUCAUCCCAGAUGAACUUGACCCCAGGGUCUCCCCCACUUCCAGUUUAUUUUCCAUGAUGACCCUGGGUUGGAGGCAGUGCCUUCCUAGAAGUCUCCUCGAUUGUGGAGAACCCUGUGAUUUCACAGAUGGAAGAGGCCCCAGCAUGACUGACCUUUGUGUUCAGGACCAGGGGAACUUGACAAGGGCUAAGACACAGGGCAGAGCCAAAGAGAUAGGGGUAGGACAGCCAGUAGCUUGUCCCCAGGACUCUUCCCAAAGCUACCUAUCCUCCAGCAGGACUGAACUGCCUGCCCCGCCCCCAAGUCCUCCCCCACAGGCCUCCAGGCUCCUGAUUUCCAUCAGGCAGAGGGAGGAGCACCUAUGGUCUUUGCAGAAUGCCCUCACCCAGCAGAUUAAAAGCCAAAGAAUCGCCCUUUGAUUGCAUCCUGAGCUAAGCCAGUCUAUAGCAAAUCCAAUCAAAGUCUUAAAAAGGAAAACACGGUGAGGAUAUUUGAUCCUUACCUCCCUUGUCCCCCAAGCUUGUGAGACUACUCUGCCAUCUUAGAAGACCUCCUCCUUGAUGGAGCUCCCUGAAUGCCAGCCCUCAUGGAGCCCUUAGGGGCAGGGAGCCGCUCAGGGCAGAGAAGGGGAGAGAUGGAAUAAUUCUGGGCUAUUAAACUAUA